AUGUCUGAUCCUGAACAAGAACAACGUCAUAUGGCAGAAGAGACGGUCCAGACUACAGAGCCACUGGACUUGGUGCGACUAUCUUUAGAUGAAAGAAUCUAUGUCAAGAUGAGAGGAGACAGAGAACUCCGUGGCAAGCUUCAUGCAUACGAUCAACAUAUGAAUAUGGUUCUUGGCGAAGUAGAAGAGUCUAUCACAGUAGUUCACUUGGAUGAAAAUGAAGACGAAGAGUCAUCAGAGAUUGUCACCAAAAACUACGAGAUGCUGUUUGUGCGUGGAGACGGAGUGAUCUUGGUUGCUCCUCCCAAACGGACAUGA